AUGAAUGGCAUACAUAAAGGAGCAGCUGAACUGUGCAGAGAGGGCGACAAAACAUUGCUCUCUGGGGAUGCUGGCAGAGCUGCAGCUCUAUACACACAUGCUUUUGGAAAUAAUGCCGGUUCCACUGUAGGACACAUGCGUGGCCUUAGCGCAGGUCAUUUAGAGGAGGUGAUCUCAACGCUGGAGGCCUGGCUUGAUGGCGUUUCACACAAUUCUAUUGAGGGCCUGAGUAAAGGCCUUGUCGCUGUAUUUCUGUCUACAUUAUGCCCCAAUAAUGUAUCUGCUUCUCUUUAUAAAAUGGAGUCUGUCCUGCAGGGUACAGGUCAUGCUUCAAAAGAGAUCUUUGCACGGUGUUCUGCUCUUCUAGAGGGAAAACAAAUGCCUCAACCUGAGGGUCGCACACGGUUAAUUCUGGAGCUAACUAGAGCUCUGGCCUGCUUGCUUUCUGACGCACAAAAUCCCAAAGUUCCUCAGCUUUAUCUGCAGGCCUUUCAUGGAAAUAAAUCAGAAACUAUUAGACUAGUUAAAGAAAGGCACACUCAAUAUGUGAAGCUAUUAAUUAAAGCCUUUUACCAGCAAAUGUCUCCAAGAUAUUCCACUCUCCAUACUAAGGGGCAGAUGGAAAAAGCAUUGAGUCCUACACAAGCAGGUGAAGACAUUGAUGCUCCUAAAGCUGUUGAGUUUUUACUUGCCAUUUCACCAGAUGACAUCCAAGUAAGAGAGCUUCAAGCAGCAGUCUUGUUUUCUUCCGGAAAGUUCACAGAAAGUGCAGAAGCUUUGUCAUUGGCUCUUAAACUAGAUGAAUCACAGACUGAACAUGCAAUGGCGCCAGAGAAAAGAGCUUGUUUACUUGUGGGCAGAGCAGCUGCUCAUUUUUCCGCAGGAGGACGAGCAAGAGAAGUCUGCAAAGAUCUAGGUGAUGGCUUUGCACUUCAUCCAGCCACAGCAAGACAGCAAUUCCAGAGUCUUUUCUCGGACACUGGCGUAGGGUUGGCUGCUCGCAUCCAGCUGCGUCAACAAGCCGAGAAGGGCGUCUCAGAGUUCAGAGAGGCCGUUCUAAUGAGGCCUGACCUUAGGUCUUCGAAAGGAGUGGAGUUGUUGGAUCCCGUUAUCGCUCAACUGCGAGCUCUAUGCCACCUGAAGUCGGACGGAGGAGGCAGGGAACUGCGUGUGCGUCUGGCAGACUGCCUCCUCCUGCGUGGAGAACAUAGAGAAGCCCUUUCCAUAAGUAGCCAGCUCGCCGCUGCAGCUCCAGCCCAGCAGAGCUACCAGAACACCGUGCAAGUGCUCCGAGGGUAUUCCCGACUCUUCACUGAAGACCAUAAAGGUGCUCUGGAGGAUUUCCAAGCGGUGAUUGAGCAUAGUACUCCUCACCCACCCAGCUGUGUCCGUGCACUCUGUGGUAGGGGUAUCCUACGUAUGAUGGCUGGCUCACACUACCUUACUGCUCUAGAUUACAUUACAGCAAGCCAAUUACAGCUGCAGGAUGCUUCUUUAACUGUUAGGUGCCUGGUGCCUUGGAAUUACCGUGGGUUGCUGUGCACCGUGUUGCUGGAACAGGGAAGAGUCAUGCUUGAGGGGACCGAAGAGCAAAGAGCUGAGACAAAUCCUAGAGCUCAACAAGAGCAUGAGGAGGGUAACACCAACAACAAACAGAGGCCUGCUGUUGGUGUGCACGCUCUCGCUCUUCUCCUAAUGGAGUUACAACCCGGUGCCGAUGGACCCCAGAUUCUCACAGCAGAUGCUCUGUACCAGUUGGGUCGUGUUGAGGAGGCUUAUCGUCUUCUUCUGAACAUUGAGCACACAGCCCCACGGCCACCGAUUCUCGCACGCCUUGCAAUACUGCAGCUGCAUCGAGGCUUCCUCUAUGAUGCCUAUCAGCUACUGAAGAAGCUGAUCAAUUCAGGAGACACUAGCUGUCUGCGGCCCCUUCUAUCUGUAGCAUCUUUACAAGACCGAGCCCUUCUAGAAAAACACUGUCACACUGCUUCCAAGCGUAUACUGUGUGGCCAACAAGCAGAAAGUGCAAUAAGGGAAGCUGUGGCCUAUUUGUCCAUUGCCAUUAUGGCUUCAGGUGGUGGAGCAAUAGAUUCCCUGCUGGAGAGAGCAAGAUGUUAUGCUCUGCUGGGCCAAUGGAAGACAGCUAUCUUUGACUUCACUGCAAUCCUUAAAGAGCACCCAGACCAUGUGCAGGCUUUGUGUGGAAGAGGAUUCACUUAUCUGAUGCUGAACCAGCAGAAGGAAUGCACACUGGACAUACUGGUUGCCCUUCAGUGUGGAGCUGAGGAGGUCACUCAGAGCAUGCUGUCGCUUAAAGACAAAGCACGAAAACUCGUCAGUGAAUGGUUGGGUCAGCACUGUCGCAGCAGCCUGUCAGAGACUCUGUCGGCCAACCCUGUACCCUGCCGCGAGGAGCUCCUUCGAGAGGCCUUUUUGAUUGGUGGAGCGCUAAUGAACACUGACUGCAGGGAACCCAGGUGGCACCUCCUGUACAUAGAUACACUACUUGCCAAAGGUGAAGUGAAUGCUGCAGGUGCACACCUGAAGCAGGUGUUUGGUCAAGAGCCUCGAGAUGCCGCAGCUAAGGCCAGGUGGGGUGUUGUGAAGGCCUGGCAGCAGAACUACAAAGUGGCAGCCAACUAUCUGAGUGUGGUGUCUGAGAAAGAACCAGCAAAUCUAGACUUUCUAAUCACUCUUCUGCAGUCGGCUCAAAGAAAACGCCUGGCACAGGCAGCUUCUCAGCAGGCCAGCAGUGUUUCUGAAAGUGGUCAGUGGGAGCAGGCUUUAGCUCUCCUUACACUAGCAGUGCGAGCGGUCAAUGAGAUGAAGCUUCAGUACCUCAGGCAGCGUGCAGCCUGUCUGGCCCACCUGGGGCUCCACGAGAGGGCGGUGUCUGAUCUGAAUAAGGUCAUCCAGGGCCACAGUGCAGAUGGCAGAGAGGAGCAAAGGGUUUGGGCAGAGGACCAUUGCCGCAGAGGCCGUAGUUUGUUGUUGUGUUCUCAUGAAGAGUCUGGGUUACAGGACUUUUCUCAAGCCCUGGACCUGCACGAGGAACAGGCUCUGCUGUGUGUGGAGGCUGGUCUGGGAACACAACGCCUUGCCGAAAUGUUUCUGCGCUUUGCCCUGCAGAACUAUGGGCAACAGAAACUCGACAAAGCUUGGCUUCUGACAGAGACUGGGCUUAAAGUGGACAGUGGCCAUGUAGAACUGCGCAGACUGAGGGCUAGAAUAAAACGAGAAGUCUCUGGUCCAUGUAUUGUAAACUAGAGAUGAAACAUACAUAAGAUUAGAUGAUGACAAAAUGGUUUAUGUCUUUAUGGUUUAUAUUUAUUUAUGGUUAAU